AUGGUCGGCAUCGUGGGCUCGUACCUGCUAAGCUUCUUCUUGCCGCAGCUGGACCUGGCCCUGAACAACAGUCCGUUCAGAACCGUCGAGAGCUUCGAAGUGUACCGAGUUGUGACGACGGUGUUUUGCAGCGGGGGUCUCCUGGCCGUCAUCUUGGGGCUCAUGAACUUCAACACUGUGGGGCCCAACCUCGAGAGAUCGCUCGGAUCUACGGGACUGCUUGCCCUCAUGGCCACUCUCACAGUGGUGACCAACCUGGCCUUCAUCGCCUUGUGCUACGUUCUUGUCAUCUUGGGAGAGAAAAAAUAUGCUUUCUACUCUUCGAGCGGUAUUUGGAACUUGCUGGUCGCCCUCAUCGCGGUGGAGUGCAUGGCAACCCCCGACGUGCCCCGAAGGUUCUUCAUUCUCCCGUGGGACAUUCCUGGGAAGUACUACCCGCUGUUCCUGGCGUGCAUAUUUGGCUUCAUGAGGGGGGCCUGGAUGGACCUGUUCUGUGCCGUCGGGAUUGGCUACGCCUACGCGGACGGACGCCUGGACCGGCUGAAGCCGUCGAGGUCUAGGCUGGCUAGCUGGGAGUCGGGCUGCCUGGCGAAUUUCGUGGAGCGGCCGGGCUACAUUGUUAGCGGCGCUGCGAUGGGGGCGGCCGCCUUUGGCACCCCCCUCAACAACCCCGCAGACCACCCGUCCAAUCAACGUGCCGAGGGCGGGGGUGGCGGCGGCGGGUUUUCCAGCAUGUUUGGAGGCGGCGGCGGUGGGGGGGCUCCGGGGGGAGGAGAUGAGGGAGGGUUCGGGUCGAACAACGUGGUCAAGAGAGGGGGCACCGCAGGAUCAUCGUCGGGUGAUUCUUUUGCCGGAUCGGGUCAGACUCUCGGCGGGGGAGGCGGGGGCACGAGAUCUUCCGGCCGGAGCAGCCAGACAAGGCACGAUCCAGAGACGGCGCGGUUGGCGAGGCUGGCGGCUCUGGAAGGAAGAACGGGGGCCGGCGGAGGGGGAGGGGAGGCGGCGGCACCUUUGCUGGCGGCCAGCGACCACGACGUGCUGACUCUCCAGGACAUGGGGUUCACCGCCGCGGAGGCGCGAGAGGCCUUGCAAUUCACCAACGGGGACGUCGAAGCCGCCGCCUCCUACCUCGCGGCUUAAGCCUUGACCUUGCCGUUGAGGGCAUGGGAACCUAACUGCAAUGGAGGGUGCAGAGUGAAGGGGGCACCGUGGCGGUGAGGAAAGGGAGGUACCCACCCCUCCGUCCAGGAUAUAAGGCAGGGCACCGUGACGGUAAGGGAAGGGGGUACCCCCUACAACCAGGAUGGAGCGCGGGGGCGCCGUGCGGUGAUUUGAGGGGGGGUCACCCUCCGCCAGGUGGUGUUUCGAGAGUAAGGACAAGACGACACGCUGCUGCUGGCCGAAUUUUGUUCCCCCCCUGGCUCGCAACGCGUGUCCGGUCACACAGCAGUCAUAGCUUGGAAGGCACGAGGUGCUCCAGGCCAGUCGUACCGUAGGAAACCCCCUCUUGGCGCCGGAGACAAGUACCUGUUCCUAUUCCUAUCAAGCAAGUUUCCGCGAGGGUGACGUCUCGGGGGGGGCUUACGCGGUUGCGAUGCACCCGCUAGUUUCGCUACGUCGUUCUCGUGUGCGUCACAUGCGCUUCUAUUGUACUGCAUGCAUAUGGUGCGAUCGCUGUCGAGGCGUGCUGUCCUCCCCUUUUUCCGUCGUGCCAUCGGUGUGGACACCAAGCAACGAAUAUGCGUCAACCCGUCUAGUAGUAGUGUCCGUGUGCCUGACACCGUGCAGGGGUGACGAUGUGCGUGAUUGUUAAUAUGCCGCGCCCGGUUCCGCGUUGGCCGUUUCACCUACCAUACAAUUAGUAAUUUAUUUUUAGCAAUUUCUUUCUGAACAACGUCGUUUCGUUCUUCUCUCAAGUCUGCACGGAACCCAGCUGUCAGUCUGACAUCGGCGAACGCUUGGUUGACGAAGACAUGCACGCAUCGUACGCCUUUUGUUUUAUGUUCGGCCUGUGCAGUGUGUGUCAUUGGAAUGCUGUUGUAGACUGCCAGACCGGGCAGCCCGUGUUGAACAAGCCACGGUUUCCUGGCCUAGCCUAUUCCGAUGUCUGCGGAGCUGCGGCAUCGAUCGUUGACAAGGUUGCCGCGUCGUGCAUAGCCAUCGUCGUCGUUUUGUAUUUUUUUCGCCGAGAAUUGCCUUCUCUUGGCUGACCGUCUUGGCCCUUGCUAACGUAUGCAUAGAGCGCAUAAUGUCUUCACGACUCUGGAGGGUUGCUCAAACGGGUGUUGUUUUUUGUCGAUCGUUGCGUCGCCAUACCACGCACGGGAGUUGCUGCUACAGCAGUACUCGUGUGUUUCUUGCUUUUUGCUGGCGUGGCGUUCCCGCAAGGGCUUCCUGCUGUCAUGUGUUUAUGUACUAAAAAAACGUCGGAUUC